CCACAACUUCUGACAACGAUGCGUCUGCAAAACCUUGUCCUUCUUCCUUUCUUCGUCUACUCUGCCUCUGCUGGCCUGAUUCCGAAAAGCGUCUUGGAGGCGCGCAACCAGAUCUGGGAUGCUAUUGUUGAGCUGAGGCUCACAGGAAACCCCCCUAACGACUUCGCCUGCCGAUCGAAGGUCCACCCGAACCCGGUGUUUCUUAUCCAUGCGUUGUCAGCCAACCCCGGCAUCGACCUCAAUCUUCUCCAGGACGACAUGAAAAAGAAGGGGUACUGCACCUACACGUCCACAUACGGCGCUCACACACUCAUGCCGUGGAUCGGUGGCCUGACUUCCAUGCAAAGCUCGGUCAAAGACCUCACCGCAGACAUCCUCUCGGUGCUCGCCAAGACCGGCGCAAGCAAGAUCGACCUUGUUGGCCAUUCAGAGGGUGGUGUUAUGUCCCUUUAUGCCCCAUUGAAGAGCCCGCAACUCGCCAGCAAAGUUGAGCGCAUCGUCGCGCUCGGCCCGGCUAUGCACGGCGCGCAAUACUUUGGCCUGACCAACCUGUUCUACAAAGACGGCCAAUUCUCGCGCGACAUCGCAAAGGGUGUUUUGGAUUUCCUUGGCUGCCCAGCAUGCGACGAUAUGGCCACCGGUGGCGCUGUGUUCAAGGAACUCGCCGCGGCCAGCCAGAAAUAUAACGGCAAGCCUGGCUCAGGCAUCGCCCCAGCUGGCGCGAAGACCACCAUCAUCAUGUCCCGCUCCGACACCCUCGUCGCUCCCAAAACGAGCAUCGUCAACGAGACCGGCGUGAACAACAUCUUCGUUCAGGACUUCUGCCCUGACGACCCUGUCGGUCACGGUGGCCUCGCCUGGGACGACUCUGUCUGGUCCUUGGUGUACAACGCUCUUGAGGAGAACCCCAAGGGCCCGAUCAAGUGUGGCAAGGGUCUCCGUUUCUGA